AUGGCACAACUAUACUGGCCUAGUGUGGUAUUGAUUCUUUGGUCUCUCUUCUCGCUAUCUAGUGCAGACACUUGCUGGCGUGAAACUACUUGCUCUGGACCUACAGACACUGCAUUUAGCGGGCCAUGGGAGAAGAACAUAUACGCACCGGCAUCGCGAACAGUACGACCAGCCUCAACCUUACCAGAAUUGAAAACGAACGCUGUUACAGACCCCUCGCAUCCAUAUAAAACAACAUUACACGGAAACGGGUCAAUUAUCGUGUUUGACUUCGGUAUUGAAGUUGGCGGUAUCGUCCAUCUAGACUACACCUCCACCGGCACCGGAGCUCUAGGGCUGGCGUUCACAGAAGCCAAAAAUUGGAUUGGAGAGUGGUCGGACUCGUCAAGCGCUCUAUAUCAUGACGGCGCUUUGUAUGCGAAUAUUUCAACAACUGGAACGGGCACUUAUGUCAUGCCAGACAAAUACCUGCGUGGCGGAUUCCGGUACUUGACGGUCUUCUUGCUCACAGAUGAUUCAACCAGUGUUCAGAUUGACGAUCUGACCUUAGAGCUUGCGUUUAAGCCCACUUGGUCGAAUCUCAGAGCUUACCAGGGGUACUUUCACUGCAGUGAUGAACUUUUGAAUCGCAUCUGGUAUAGCGGUGCAUAUACCCUGCAGACGAAUGAGGUCCCUGUGAACACAGGCCGUGUUACCAAGGGUGUCACAUCUGGGUGGGUAAACACCGGGACUCUCGGGCCGGGAGACACUAUUAUUGUUGAUGGUGCAAAGCGAGAUCGUGCGGUUUGGCCCGGUGAUAUGGGAAUUGCCGUUCCUUCCGCUUUUGUGAGUCUGGGAGACCUGGAAAGUGUAAAGAACGCUCUGCAGAUUAUGUACAACACCCAGAACAAGACAACAGGUGCAUUUGAUGAGUCUGGGCCUCCAUUGAGUCAGAAGGACUCAGACACAUAUCACAUGUGGUCUAUGAUUGGCACCUAUAAAUAUGUGCUUUAUACCAAUGACACAGACUUCCUGUUGGAGAAUUGGGCCAGUUAUAAGCACGCCAUGGAAUAUAUAUAUGGAAAGGUGACUUACCCCAGCGGGCUUUUGAAUGUAACAGGCAUGCGAGACUGGGCGAGAUGGCAGCAAGGCUAUAAUAACUCAGAAGCGCAGAUGAUUCUCUACCAUACGCUACAGACAGGGGCAUCUCUCGCUUUGUGGGCUGAAGACUCAACCAAUCUAUCAAGCAUAUGGAGCUCCCAGGCCGCCAAUCUCAAAAAGGCAAUUAGCACCUAUUGCUGGGACGAGUCUUACGGCGCAUUUAAGGACAAUGCAACCAAUACCUCUCUGCAUCCACAAGAUGCCAACAGCAUGGCGAUUAUGUUUGGUGUUGUAAAUGAAGAGCGCACAGCCAGUAUUUCCGAAAAGCUGCUGAAGAAUUGGACCCCCAUAGGGGCCGUAGCUCCUGAAUUGUCAGAGAACAUUGCUUCAUUUAUAUCCUCUUUCGAGAUUCAAAGUCACUUCAUUGCCCGCGAACCUACGCGCGCACUGGAUCUCAUUCGUCGCAGCUGGGGUUGGUACAUCAACAACCCAAACGGUACAGAGAGCACUGUGAUUGAGGGCUAUCUACAGAACGGGACUUUUGGGUAUCGGAUGGACCGCGGGUAUGGCUACGAUCCAUCUUAUGUCUCACAUGCACAUGGCUGGUCCUCCGGUCCGACCUCUGCAUUGACAGAGUAUGUCGUCGGUCUUUCUGUGGUCUCGCCGCUAGGAUUGACAUGGAAAAUUGCGCCACAAUUUGGAGAUCUGGAAUUUGCCGAGGCUGGCUUUGUCACCUCUCUUGGGAAGUUUCAAGCGUCUUGGAUUUUGAAUUCGAGUGGAUAUGUGUUGAGUUUCUCUGUGCCAAAGGGUACUGAUGGGAGUGUCACUUUGCCCUAUGUCACCGCGUCGAAGAAGCCUUCAAUUACUAUUGAUGGUGACCAGUUGACGAGAGGAGUGGCUUAUGUUGGUGGUGCUGCAACUGUUGAAGUUACCGGUGGCUCUCACAAGGUUGUUGUCACAUAA